AUGGGCAACCCCAGGGUGAUAUACUGGUUCCGCACAGAUCUUCGCUUGCACGACUCACCUGCAUUGAAGGCCGCAUUGGACCUAAACCCGGACGUGUUGUGGCCUAUAUUUACGUGGGAUCCUCACUAUGUGUAUAGGGCCAAGGGAGGUGUAAAUAGAUGGCAGUACUUGUUUGAUUGUCAGAAUGAUCUCUCAGAGUCAAUCACCAAACUCAAUCCAAAGUCAAAGCUCUUUGUGGUACGCGAGGCGCCACAGACGGUGAUGCCCAAGCUUUUCAAAGCGUGGAAAGUGACACAUCUGGUCUUUGAGAAGGAUACAGACUCUUACGGUCGGGAGAGGGACAAAGUCGUCGUCGACUUGGCCAAGAAAGCUGGUGUGAAAGUCAUCAGUCCCUACGGUAGAACGCUGUGGGAUUCCGACGACUUGGUUGCUCAGAAUGGCGGAAAGCCAACCAUGUCUAUCACCCAGCUUCAGGCGGCCGGAAAGAAGGUAGGCAAGAUCCCGAGGCCCCUUCCGGCGCCGAAACAUCUUCCCGAUCCCGGGGACAUGCCGCUCGACUUCGGCCUUGAGUCCCCCGACCCCAAGCCAGACGUCAAUGCUCCUCUGCGUGAUGGGAAAGACCAGGCAUACACGAGUCUAGCUGGGCCCAAGGGCGACUUCGCCAUCGAGACACUGGAAGAACUUGGGUUUCCAGCAGCGACUACACCUCAUCGUGGCGGUGAGACGCGCGCUCUUAAGGCCCUCGAACACAUCAUUGCCGAUGAAGAGUACGCUGCUACAUUCCAAAAACCAAAGACCAGCCCGGCAGCCUUCAGACCGCAGUCUACAACAUUGCUAUCUCCCCAUCUGCACUUUGGCUCGCUGUCAGUCCGCCUGUUCUACUGGCGUGUGCAAGACCUCGUCGACAAGUACAAGGGUGCCUCUUCGCCGCCGGAGAGCCUGACGGGCCAGCUCCUAUUCCGCGACAUGUACUUUGCAGCGCAGGCGGCCAUCGGCUCGCCCUUCGUUCAGACUCUCAACAACCCGUACGUGCGCUUCGUGCCGUGGCACCUGCCGUCCAAGGCCGAGGCGGGCACGGAGACGGGCACCAACGCCGCCAGCGGGGCGUACCACGUCGACACGCCCCAGGCGGACCAGUGGUUCCAGCGGUGGAAGCACGGGGUGACGGGGUUCCCGUGGAUCGACGCGCUGAUGCGGCAGCUGCGGGCCGAGGGCUGGAUCCACCACCUGGGCCGGCACGCCGUCGCGUGCUUCCUGACGCGCGGCGGCUGCUACGUGCACUGGGAGCGCGGCGCCGACGUCUUCGAGGAGCUGCUGCUCGACCACGAGCCCGCCUGCAACGCCGGCAACUGGCAGUGGCUCAGCUGCACCGCCUUCUUCGCCCAGUACUAUCGCUGCUACAGCCCCGUCGCGUUCGGCCAGAAGUGGGACAAGCAGGGCGCGCUCAUCCGGCACUACGUCCCCGAGCUCAAGGACCUCGACCAGAAGUACAUCUACGAGCCGUGGAAGGCGCCCCGGGCUGCGCUGGACAAGGCCGGCGUCCAGGUCGAGGGCGAUGGGCUGGGGGAGCGGAGGAAGGGCACGUAUCCGGAGCCGAUGCUGGACUUCGGCGAGAGGAGAGGCGUCUGUAUUGCGGCCAUCAAGACGGCCUACUCGAUCGGUUUGCAUGGAAACGAUCAGCAGGUCAAGGAUGGCACGUGGAGGAAGUUGUUUGAGGACGCGGGUGAAGCGGAGAUGGAGCAGUUUGAGGGGAGUGAUCACGAUGAUGAUGGCGAGUUUGCAGAUGACGCUGAGCAGGAGGCGCGGAAAGGAGCUGGCAAGAGAGGUGCUGCGAAGCAAGGUCCGAUGGAUAAACAUGUGAAAAGACUGAAGGCCUGA